UACAAUUCUUUAGGUAUAUCUCACUAACAACAGGAUGAAAAGCAACAUGUUUAAUCAUUUUUUAUGAAUAUUUUGUCUUCUUCAGUUGAAAGCUAUUCCCCAACAACUGCUGCAACAAUUGCAAUUAAUCCUCAAACAGGUCAACCUAUUGUGGGUGCAGAUAGUAGUCCUGUGUAUUAUCAUCCCAACUAUCCACAACCGCAUGCAGCACACGUUGCAUAUGUACCAAACACUGGCCAUCCAUAUAUGCAGCAGCAACAGCAGCAGCAUGGGCAGUAUGUACCCGUGUACUAUGUAAGUGGAAGUACUACAUCAAACACAGGCCAGCCUGGCUCACAGUAUUAUAUGGUGCAACAAACUCCUUCAGGACAAGUCUUAUACAUCCCAACACAGAGUACGGUAGAACAGCAGCCAUCUUCUGCUUCCACUGUUGUCUUGUCGCCACAGCAGCAAAUAUCUUAUCACGAUUAUAUUAAUCAAUUGAGUGCAAUGAAUAUUAAUGAACGUCAUUCCAGUAUCUCUACCGAUGAGAAUUCUCUAGAAAAACAACAGGCAACUUCACCAACUAGUCCAGUAGAUGGUGUAAUACCUUGCGCUUCAGAAUUUUCGACUCAUGGCAGACAAGUUGUGUAUGUACAAAACGAACAGCCAGUACAAGGAACUGUGUAUCAGCAACAGGCGAAUUAUCCAUUGCAAUAUUAUCAGAAUAUACAUGGCGGGUACCCAACGUAUUCUAUUAACCAAUAUGGUCAACAAGAAGCUGGACAAUAUAAUCCUGCCACUGUCCAUUCACCUGUUCUUUCACAACGUACCCCGUCACCUACCGUUCUCCAACAACAGCAACAACACUAUGUGUCUUCACAAUCCGUCCAAAACACUAGAGCUGUUGCACAAGCACAUCAAAUUCAAUCCUCCCAUGGUGUUUGCAGACCAAGAUUUAUUUCUGGUAUUAUGCCUAACCCUAGACCUGGAACGCCUAUGUAUAUACCAGUAGCUACUCCUCAAGGUUCUAUGUUAGUAACAGGACAGUAUCCAGGUAAUGUGUCUGUGAAUGCUAGUGGUUAUCCUAUGCAAUCCAUGUACAGAACUGAUAAAUUUUCAUCGGAAAGUGCAGAGUACAAACUUGAUCCUAGGGAAGGUCGCAACGUAUUAAAUAUCGGCCAGAACAAAGCACUGUUACAAAUGCAACCAACGUAUCAACCCAGUCAUGCGUAUUUAAGUCAUCCUCAAAGGUUUGUCUCGCCUUCAUAUGGUGGUCAGUUGAUACGACCCGUAGUACAGCAAGGACGCAGGUAUAGACCUCACAGACAUGCGACGAACAACCAACAAAUAAGAAUAAGUCGACCGAACUCAAAUUCUAGUGAAGCCGACCAAAAAACUGUUAGUCAUAUAUUGGAAAUUUACGACUUCCCUGACACAGUAACAUCAGAUGCAGAUGCGAUAUUUGACGAAAUCAAGAGCUUUGGUGCUCGUAUUUUAAAAAUCAACAGUAGCAGUUCACAGUCUUUAAGCAGCUCACAUAGUAAUCUUCCUAAUCAACGACCUACGAUUUUAGCUAUUUUUAAAUCAGCGGGUGAAGCACAAAAGGCGUUGGAAUCAGUAACAAGUCCGUAUUAUAAACUAAGAGUCUCGCAAAAGUCGCCCACUCAUUUUGCGGGAGGAGACGGAAGUCCGAUCAAAAACUAGUAGCUGUUUUUCUUUUAAAGGUAAAUACGAGAAAAUAAAGUUUUUAAGUUUAUUUAGAUUGCUAUAUGCAAAAUAUUUUUUAAAGAAUAUAAUACUACUAUUGUCGCUCACCACAGUCUUAACCUUUUUAUCUUUGCAUAUUUAUUUUUAUCUCUUCUUUCACCAGGUUUUGUGACAAUUCCCAGAACUCGGUUUACAAUUCCUAGCUUUUUUAACGUAUUGUUAUAGUGCUUAAACGAACUCUUUGAAGGCUAUGUUUAUAUUAGCGUCGUUUGAUUGCGUAGAUUUUUGUUCGUACCAGAGUAAGAAUAUUGUCAAACAAUAGUGCUAGUGGAGAUCGAACCUAUUCCAAAAGUUCAGGCGCGUUUUGAUUACUGAACUAUAAAUGUGUUUAAAUGAAUUUAUACGUGUAGAAUUUUGUGAAAGAAACGCGGAGUUAGAGAAAUGAAAGCCAGAAUAAUUUGUGUUGUAACACAAUAAUUGUUUUGGUUGUCAUUUUGUGUAAAUCUUUGAUUAUGUAUGAAACCUUUCACCUCCUUGAGUUCCUCAAGAAACUUUUAAACUUCUAAAAGUAGAUUUUAAAACGACUUGAUUACCCAGGAACUUUAUAAAGGAGAGAAAAGCAGUUGAGGUUGAGCAUAAGAGAAUGAACUUCCAUAUAACUUUGGAAUGUACUCCUGUAAUGACGUAAACACUUUCCUUUUUUCAAUUAAAUUAGUGGCUGACGCUUAAAUAUGGUUUCGCGUGAGGAAAUUUCUUUUUCUCAACCUCAUAAAUAUGUGACAUGGUACAGUGAAUAAGAACAAACAUAUAAUGUAUAGUGUAAAAGUGAAAACUAUUCUAGAAUGUUAUUUAUUUGUGUCUAGCGCACCUAUUUACGCAUUUUUCACAAUUUUAAGUUCACAUCAACUCCACUUCGUACGUACAUAUGGAAGGGUGGGAUUGUUUUACAUGAAUUACUCGUACUCAAAAAUUUUGUUUCCACCCUCAUAGAAAAUUCUAUUAUUUUCCUUUAAGCAAUGUUGUUGUGAUAUCACCUGCCCUCAUGUGAUUAGGUAAAUUAUCACAAUAUGGCCAUUAUUAGUGGGAAUUCCUUACCAGUCUCCCCGCACUCGUGGGAUUAAAGAAGAUUGUUGUACGAAAUUAUUAGAAUUUUCUACGUUGAAAACCCCUUUUACUUUUUUCUACGAUAUCGGUGAGCAUAUAUUUAUUUUUGCAUUAAGCUCCUGUGCAGGAGUGGGAAGCCUGGGUUGGGAAAAGAAAUAGACUUAUUUAUAUUUUUCUUUAGCUACCUUUUUAUCUUUGUUAAUUACAUUUUUCUCUAAAUAUUAUAGAUGUAACAGUAAAUAGAAAUAAAUAUUGUGUUUUUAAAAUCA